CCGUCUCCCUGGUGAUGCCGAAUCCACAGAGUUCCGGCCAAGACCCUGAAGGGGGUUCUGCCUUUUCAAAGGGAUGCUGUUGAGCUGCAACCACAGAGGGAAGAAAGAUGGAAAGAAAAGCUUUUGCAGACAGGAACUAGCUUCAUGGAAGCCUUGAAAACUUUGCCUCGCUGCACGCCAUGUCUGAAAGUUCCUCAGGUCUGAACAACACCAGCUGUCUUAGAUUCAGUGCCUCCUAUUCAUCCCCCUGUUCUGACCUCAGUGAUCCCGAAAUCCCUUUGCCGGUGCUAUCAUCAAGGAACAGAGAACUCCUCCAGCAGAGCCGCGAUUCCGGCAUUGCCUCUCCACUUCCAUCAGAUUCAUUCAAAUAUCUCACCUGGCACGAAUUAGAAGAGCACGAUGUUCAAGGGAGUCAAAUCCGCUGCCCCCGAGUGAGAGAAGGACCUUCUGCCGAAGACUGUUUUUUCAGAAGAAAACAUCACGUUCACUAUGGGAAAAAGCAGGCAACGGAGAAAGAGAAGUGGGAAAAAAGGUUGCAAGAGAAUUGGGAGGACUGUCUGAGUUUAAAUCUUUCAUAUCAGGAUCUGGGUGACCUUUAUCAGGUGGAAAAUUUUAAAAGGAUUCUCCGGCGAUUGAUUCGAGUGGAGAGGCUUUGGUUGGUAGACAACUUCUUGACGGAUCUAAGUGCCAUAUGCUUGCCAAGAUGCAAAGAACUGAAACUCAACAAAAAUCAUUUUACAUCCUUCAAACAGCUGCCAAAGGUACCCGAGAUUCGACAUCUGUCCCUAGAAGAGAACAAUAUUGAAACUCUACAUGGGCUAUCAGGCCUCAGACACACUCCACUAGAAUCUCUUGUUCUCAAGAGGAACCCCUGUGAGUUUCAUGAAAACUACAGGCAGCUCGUGUUCUCCAAAUUGCCAAACUUGAAGAUGCUGGAUGGAAUCCUGAAAUUGCCAGAGGAUUAUCCUCCACCAGUAACCAGUUUUCUGUCUAAAAUGUGUACCAUACUAUAGCAUUCCUUUUUGUGAUGGGAUU